CUGACCUUGAAACAACGCGCGCCAUCCGUUAGGGUUGUCACUUAUCAUGAGUGUAUUUCUCGAGCUGAUUUUGUGUAACUGCUUUUCAAGACGUUACAGCUGAAAGUGUUUUGACGUCAAGGUUUCAUACUUAUCAUUUGUCAAUAGCAAUGGCUAGUAGUAAAUAUCCGGUAAAGAAGUACACCUGCCCGAUUCAGAUUAAAUGUCUUUCUUGUAAGCAUGAAGAAAAUACUACUCUAGUUUUUGAUUCAUUGGAUCUUACGUCUGAAAUGAACAGUCCCAUUAAUUUGAGUCCUAUUGCUUUGGAUUGUGAAAUGGUUGGGGUUGGACUCAAAAAUUCUAAUGCUUUAGGACGCAUUAGUAUUGUUGACUAUGAGGGAGAAGUUUUAUGUGACGUCAUAGUUAAACCUGAAGGAGAAAUUUGUGAUUAUCGCACAAAAUGGAGUGGAAUACGUGAAGAAGAUAUGUCUCGUGCAAUACCUUAUUCCUAUGUUCGAGAGCGCGUUGAAAAAAUCAUACAUAAUCGUAUUGUAAUAGGACAUAUGCUGAAGAAUGACUUCGCCGUAUUAAAUAUGAAGCACCCUCCUCAUUUGGUACGUGACACUUGUAGGGUUCCAUAUCCUAAGUUGCUUGCUGGUUUUUCCAUGAAACCUCAAAUUGGCCUAAGAGCCCUUACUCUCCGGCUUUUCGGCAUUAAUAUUCAAAAUGCUGAACAUUGUUCAAUUGAAGAUGCUCGUGCAUCAAUGGCAAUUUAUCGUUUAGUUCAAGAUAUAUGGGAAGCGGAUUUACUUAAAACAAAUAAAAAACAAUUUUUAAAGCAGCAUUCUAAUGAUCAUUCUAAAUCCAUAUGUUCUAUCGAUAAUUGUCAAGAAGAUAAAGCAUCGUCAUCAUCAUUAUCAUAGAAACUUUUGAUAGUUUUUUUCUAAUUUGUAUAUAUUUCAAAAGAGUAUCAUAUAAAAUCAGUCAACCAUAUCAGUGUUGGAUAAUAUUCAUAACAUUUGUGUUAACAUUAACGUAUCCGAAAACAAAUCCCUUCACUAUUGAACCUAUUUGAUAAGAAUAUAAAACUAUUUUGUUUGUUUGUUUUUUCUGAUGGAAUUCUUUCCACUUUAUUUGUAACAAAAUCAUAUCAUACAUUAUGCAUAUAAACGUUUAGUAAUAAUCUUU